AUGCCAAUUGCAAAGUCGGUAGUUCGUCGUUGCAUGGAUAGAGUAUUUGAAGUGGCAGAUGAUAAUGAAGAUAUAGACGUGAGUGGAAGCUUCAGUCAACCUUUAAAGAGCACCCCCGGCAGUGCUGUCAGGAGCAGUCCGGCAACGCUUCGACAAAAUAAGUGGACUCCACCUGAUUCGUUGACAUGGCGUUUUGCGAUGUCUUUCGCGAAUGCCUCUGUUGAUUACGAUUUUGGACCGCAUGGAUUUGCUCAAGUAUGGCUCGAGUUCGUGAAACGACUGCGCACCUAUUACGACAGUACAAAAGACUUACCAGGACUGGGUAAUGUUACGCAACCAAAUCUGUCUCAUUGCCUUCUACAUCAGAAAAUCCAGAUGCUCCAAUGCUGUAUUUCUGCGAAGAGAAGACGGCAUGAAUUAUAUGAUAACACCAAAGAUUUUGGCGGAGACGAGUUUUUCGAUGCUCAGUCAGAUCAAUCUGAUGCGGAUUCUUCGAGUACCGGCGUUCAGAAAAGUGGUGCGGCGAAUAACUGCGUCAAGGCCAGCAAGCCUUCGUCGAUUCAGGAACCUUCUGGACGUCUUCAUCCUUUUGGAGAAAUGCGAUUGCUCAAACACAAAGACACACCACUUUACGAUCGUAGCCCAAUGACGGAAGACAUGGUUGAUGAAUAUGCAAACUAUCUUUCAUCAUUGGACGACGGAGAAGCGAGAGUUCGAGCACAGUUGGACGUCCUUUGCAGUGACAUGCAAGCAUUUAAGGUGUUGUGUUGGCUCAGUCACAGCGAUGUUGCUGCUUCAUUCUUUGUAAACUGCCGGGUGCCGGUGAAUCCAAAGUGUUGCCUUAGAAGAUUUUUUAUCCGAUGGCACUCACCCAAGGACUGGAUAGAGGAGGAAGAAUGCUUGUCAGAAAGGAUGCAACUCCCUGACAAUACUUGGGUAAAAUGUUGGAAUGAAGCCAUGCCAAUUCCUGUGAUAAAUCAAGCACGCUUGUUCAAUGAAUCGAAGAUAGCUGAGGAGAUUCUAUCGCUACUGGAGAAUGCAACGGUUCAACAGAUGGUGGAUUUUAUUCGCCCGGUUCUGUUCGUUGCAGCUGUUGUCCAAGUUGUUCAAAGAGGAAAAUGUGUGAGAAAUCUACUCAACAAAGAGGUUUUGGCUGAUUCAGUGUAUCGCGCUAAUCGAAAGACGAUUUUAUGGAAGCUUUUGAAGCAUUUGAAGGCUGCGGAACUUUUUCUUUCCCAGUAUUCGAGUCUUCACAGCAAGCUACGAGUCUUUGAGCACAUAGGUAACUUGAUAGAGCCACCAACGGAAGACGACCUCUUCAGUUUUAUAACAUCUCUUAUUGAGGACGCUUCAGCUAAAAGGGAAUCUAUCGAGCGGAACGUUAUCUCUCGGGGCGUCCCUAUUUUUGGUGCAUCUGAUGGACCACUCGGUAACGCCGUUCGAAUCAUGAUGGAACGAGACGAUGUAACGGGUGGAAAAUUACCCGCCCCAUCGCGAAGACAGUACAUCAUAAGGUGGACGGUGCCGCGACCAUCAGCGUGCAGUCGUCUGGUACCUCAACGCUUAUUUGCUUCCAUUGAGCAGGACGAAUUUCGGUUAUGUGGUGCUUUUGCUGAAGACUCUGUAAUUCGACGUCAACGUGAUAAGAGCGAAUUCGUUCGUGGCUCUUUGGGGACACGGCCUAUGGAAAUGGAUUCUCCAUGUUUCACAUCUACGGGCGGGAUUUGUGUUGUUACUUUUUUGGUGAAGGCAUUGUCUUGGGGUUUUGUUGAAUUCUUACGAAAGUGUUGCUGGUGGAGGCCCAAUGACGGUUUCAUCAAGAUCUUUGUUUGCCUGUCGUGGAAGAGUUUGGUGGUCUGUAGCUAG